CUUGUCCUUCGCCGGUGUUGUCUCCUACGUGAAUUGUACCCCCUUGUCUGGGACUUGAGGGUCUCAACUGUACCGAUCUGUGUCACCUUUUUUCUUCCUAUCUUCCACUGAGGGGAGUUGACCACGAUUUUCGCGCGCACUUGGGAGCUCUUCAAUCGGAGUCCUCCAACUCCAGCGCCCCUCCUUUUCGGCUUCAACGCAACGUUUUUCCUCUACUCAUGCUCCCAAGCGACUCUCGUUAGGCGAUCACCCGCGUUCUCUCUCGAACGAGUACGACCGAUAUAAAAUGGCUUUCAACUUUGGAGCAUCGAACCCCGCCGGGGGUAGUGCUCCCCCCGAGCUGGGGCCCGAGCUUCCCGAGGGUACUGCUGAGGACAUCGGCUUCAAAGGCGUUGAGGGCGAUUCCAACGUCCGAAUCCUCCCCACACCAUGGCCGGAAAACGCUCUCCCAGCCCCGACAUGUUCGCUUCUGGCCGUUGCGCCAACCAAAGGCAUAAUUGUUGCUGCUGGACCCAACGUCCUCUCCGUCGCAUCUUCUGACGCCGUAAGAGCCGCUAUAUGCGCAACCACCGAGGGCAAGGUCAAAACCAAGCCUUUCCAGCCGCAAGCGACCAUCCCCCUUCCUGCACGUCCCACACAUGUCACCUUUGCCUCAAACGAUACCGCCCUUCUGCUGGCCACGGAGAAUGGCGCACAACUGUCAGUGUUUGACACCUCGAGCUUAACGUCGGGGAAUGCACAGCCAGCAUUGUCGAUUCCUACCAAUGGAACCACGUUUCGCACCAUUGCGGCCAAUCCGGCGCCGGAACUCUCGUCCCUUGUUGCGCUGGUGACGACAGGCGGUGAUCUUCUGGUAGCAGAUUUGAAAGCGGGCAACUUGGUCUCGGGCCCGAACGGUCAAGUGCUGAAGAGCGGAGUCAGCUCGGUCUGUUGGAGCAACAAGGGUAAACAGCUUGUGGCCGGGCUGGCAGAUUGCACGGGCUUUCAGAUGACCCCGGAUGGCACGCAAAAGGAUGUGAUCCCGCGCCCUCCUGAUCUUGAGGGUGACUGUCACGUUUCCUCCAUUGCUUGGUUGGAGAACGAUGUCUUCCUUGUGGUAUACACGCCAAACGCAUUAGAGGAUGACAUGGGCCAGAACCCCCCUUCGUCCUAUUAUAUCAUCACACGUCGGAAACAAGCGCCUUUCUUGAUUCAAAAGUUGCCUGAAUUGUGCAUGCCCUUUGGGGUCAAACGCACCCCAGCCUUUCAGUUCAUUGCGCGCUUGCGUGACUACAAGCCUCACUUGAAGGAUGUCCUCAUUGUGUCUUCAACGGCAUCCACCGAUGUGGGCCUAAUCACCAGGGCAGACCAGCCAUUGGUAAAGAUGGACAUGGACACUACUGGACUCUUUGUCACGACUGAAGUGUCAGAUGAUACAAAAAGAGCGAAUGUGCCACUAAAGGAAUCUACCGAUGAAACUUCAGUUAUCGGUUUGGGUAUCGAUCUCUCUAGCAAGGAAGUUGUCGUUGCUCCGAUUGCAGGCGAAGACAUCGCUGAGAGCUCCACUCCGUUGCCGAAUGUGUUGCUACUCAACAAUGAGGGUAUUCUUUGCUCUUGGUGGUUCUUGUAUUCGGACGCAAUUCGACAGAAGGUCCUUUACCAGGGUAUGGCGGAUCAGACGCAGGCGCCAGCUCAGCCAACGCCGCAAGCUUCUCAGCCUCAAGCUUCACCUUUUGGACAAUCAGGUUUUGGUGGCUCACCGGCUCUAGGAUCAUCUGCGUUUGGCAGUUCUGCUGCCCCGGGUUUUGGGAGUCCAUCUGCUCAAGCCACCCCUCAACAGUCCUCUUUCGGUGCGCCAUCAUUCGCAUCACCGUCGCAGCCCGGGCCUUCCUUUGGCACGAAUAGCCUGCUCGGAGGUAAUAAGUCUCAGGGUGGUCUCGCCGCAUUGGCAAAGAACGAGCCUGGGUUUGGACAAUCCGGCUUUGCCUCGCUGGGAGGAGGGUCUGGAUCCUUUGGGCAACCAUCUACGCCUGGAAAGGGACUCAGCUCGCUAGGAUUUGCACAAUCAGGUUCUAGCUCCGGAGGUGGCUUCGGAGCGUUUGCCAACAAAGGUGGCACAGGUGGAUUCAGUGCUUUCGCGUCGGCAAAGCCAGCAGGCGGAUCGCCAUUUGCGCAAACCUCCACUACGCAAACGUCCACUGUAAGUCCAUUCGCCAAGAUGUCCGGCACAUCGACCUUUGGCCCAUCGACGUUUGGCACACAACUUGGCGCGGAGUCUCCAUUUACCGCUGAGAAGACGAGUGGGUCGACGGGUACUUUCGGGCAGAGCUCUACUCCUUUCGUGCUUGGAUCAACAUUCAAGCCUGAUGGUAGUGCUGCCAAUGAUCUUCCGAAGCCAGAUAAGCCUUCUGGAUUGUUUGGCUUCAGUGAGUCAAUGGAUGACAUGAUGUCUUCCAGCAACAAGACCAGCCCGCCAACUGAGGAGAUGGACGACAUGGAAGACGAGAGCGCCACUUCGCAGCAGAAAUCUGAGCCCAAGGAGGCUACGCCAUCGUUGUUUGGAGCACUCUCGGCGACCCCAACCUCCGCACCGAAAUCGUUGUUUGGCGCACCGUCCACAACUACAGAUUCUGCACCGAAGUCGUUGUUUGGCGCACCGUCCACAACUACAGAUUCUGCACCGAAGUCGUUGUUUGGCGCACCGUCGACGACUGCAGCUUCUGCACCGAAAUCGUUGUUUGGCGCACCGUCGACGACUACAGCUUCUGCACCGAAAUCGUUGUUUGGUGCACCUUCGACGACUACAAGUUCUGCACCCACAUCGACCUUUGGUUCUCAGAAGCCGGUCUCGAAUCCCUUCGGUCAACAAGCUAGCAAGCCUGGAUUCUCACUGUUCGGUAAUACAACUCCUGCCAAGUCGCCUUUAUCUUCCUUUUCUACACCCGCAGACACCCAGACUCCAUCGAAAAUGGAUGAUGCCCGGACGCCUAGUGCUACACCACAGGGCGCACCCCUACCGCCAGACCCUAUCAGCAAGGCAUCAUAUGGGCCCGGUGAUACGUCUGCCUCAUCGAACGUCUCCAAGAGCUCUGUCGAUGACGCGCCUCUACCACCCGAUUUCACCUCAAGCAAGCCCGCUGCUAAGGGACCUGCAGAAGACGCACCCUUACCGCCAGACUUCACGACUUUCAAGAAUGGAAAGAAGACAGACGAUGAAGAAGAGGCAGAACCCGAAGAGGCUCCAUUGCCUCCAGACUUCAGCAUCCCCAAGCCACGUAAAGAAUCCGAAGACGUUGCACCAGUCCCAGACGAAUCCGAUGGGGAUGAAUACGAAGGCGAGGAAGACGUAUCUGAAGAAGGCGAGAGCGAGGAAGGGGAAGAGUCGGAUUUUGCUGACAGUGGAGAGGAUAUCACCCACGAUAUCAGCCAGUCUGAGUCCAAUGAGCCAAGUCCUAAGGCAUUCCCUGGACCUUUCAAGCCCGGCGCGAAGCUCGCAGGCGGCCUGUUCUCCCCUGCUUCCAAGCCUGCCCCAGCACCGCAACCACAGCCUUCAAGGUCAUUGUUCGGUGAUAGGAGCAAUCCGACAUUCCCUGUACUCCAGAACCGAGAGCUUCCGAGGUCGCCCAGUCCAGUACGAGGGGCCGCGCCGAAGAGCCUCUUCAAGGGUGAUGGAAAGAAAACUUUCGGCGCUCCUCAAAGUCCGGGCAGCGCUCUCAUUGCAAGGAAAGCCUCUCUUUCUGAACACCAAAGACGCGAGAGCCAACUGAAGCCGAAGCCUUCCCUGAGGGAACCCUCGCAACAGGAGAUUCGCGCGAGACAGUUGGAGGAGGAAGCGCAGGCUCUUUCCGACGACGAUGAGGAUGAGAGACUCCGUGCGGAUCUUGCACUGCCUCUGGAACCUGUUCCUACCCUUGAUCCUUUCUUGCCUCACCAAGACUAUGCUGGCGAGACAAGUAAACCUGGUAUUCCUGGCCAAAUUGAACGACUGUACCGUGAUAUUAACUCUAUGGUGGACACCUUGGGCAUUAACGUUCGUUCGUUGUCUUCUUUCCUUCUCUACCAAAAGACGUCCAGAGAUCCUCAAUGGGUCGACACGCUCAAGGAGGACAAUGCCAGCGACAUUCUGGACAAAGAACUGGUUUUGUCUGAGAUUGAGAAGUUUGAUGACGCUGUCGUCAUGCUUGCUGCUUCUCUUGAACAGCAGCGCGUGCAGGGUGUGGAAGAGAAGCUUGAGAGUUGUCGGGAGCUUUUGAGUAAAGACAUUAUCACUCUUCGGGGUCAGUGUGCGAGCAUCCGCAAGACUCUUGAUGCUCACACCGACACGACCACAAUGCACUUCGCACCUCUUUCCGCGGAGCACGCCAACCUGCAGCAAGACCUGCGGUCGGCAUCCACCGAGAUCCAGGCGAAGCUAGCUGACCUAGAAUCUGCCGUGACUCUUCUCCGCGCCAAGAUUGCUGACGUUCCCCCUUCGGGUGGCUCUCGCCAUGUGACAAGACGCCCCACCGUUGAGGCUGUUACCACUACGAUCCAAAAGAUGAUGGAGAUGGCCGAGACUAAGCGCACCGAUAUCGAUGUCUUGGAGGCUCAGCUCAAGAGAUUGGGAAUCGACACAACCGCUCCGGCGGCCAGCCGGGAAGGGUCCCCAUUCGCGACGCCGAGGAAGAGCACCGGCCGAUUUCCCACUACGCCGGGAUCCCGUGGGUCAGUUGACGGGCCAUACCACACUCCCGACUCGGCUAGCCGAGCCAUCAACUUCCGAUCCAGCAUUAACGGGUCAGCCAGGGCUAGUCGGCUCCGCAAUGUGGAGGCAGUCCAGGACCUGGUCAGCUCAGAAGAAACGGCGCAAUGGAAGACCAAGGUGCAACGCCAACAGCAUAUUGUCGAGAGUCUGAGGAGCGCCAUUGGGGCGAAGAAGUCUCGAGUCCGGACGGUGAAUGAUUUGUAAAACUAGUGUUUAUGUUUUCCUUUCUUGUGUCUUAGGACAAUCUUGCUGAUGGCUACUUACUAUGAAAGUCAUGUCGACGAAAAACAGCGGGUCUUUUCUGGCGGGGUUUGUUUUUUCUUUUGUUUUGGUUUUCUGUUCUACACAGGCAGAUGUGAAUGUUAGGUAGCGCGUCCCAUCCGUCUCCACUGUACAUAGGUCUCGAUUGUAAUGC